AUGCCUCCGAAAAAGAAGUCAUCUCCAGGUGCUACCGUAAUCCUCAUCGAUGCAGGCUCCAAUAUGUCUGAAAAGAGCUCAGACAACGGUAAAACUGACUUCGAAAAUGCACUCAGCACGGCAGACUGGAUUGUUUCAAGAAAACUGUUUUCGGAAGACCCUGAAUUGUUCUCAAUCAUGUCGUAUAACAUCGGUUCAGACUACACUUCAGAAUCUGGCAAAAUCUUCAAAGGUGUCGCGGUUCAUAGUGAAGAAUUCGCUCCAGCCAAGUUUGAUCAUUUGAAGUUUAUCACAACUGAGUUACAGCAAAAUACAGAGAACACUGAACCAAAUUUCUUCCAAGGAGUUCUCGCGGCAGUUCAUCUGCUUAAAGAGCACGUUAUCGAAAAUCCAAAUCCAUCUGGGAUCACUCUUAUCGUUUUGACAAAUGGCAUGAAUGAGAACAUUCGACAAGAAAAUAUUGAUCUUCUAGUUGAUGCAAUCACUGAUUGUCAAGCAGAUCUCAUGAUUAUCGGUAUCAAGGAAAACCCUGAAUACCCUGCUUCUCGACUUGCCGAGCUUGUUGAAACAUUGGAAGGACGAACUUAUACGUUUCAAAACGUAGCCAGUAUGCUCUCCAAUUAUCAAGCUCGUCAGAAAUCCGAACGCAAAUUCAACAAAAUGUGGGAUAUUGCUCCUGGUAUCCGUCUGCCGGUCACAUUCGCACUGAAAUCUGAAAAAUCCAGCGCUUUGCUCAAGUUCAAAAAUGCAGAUUCAGAAGGAAAUGAAAUGGUUCGUCUCGAGCAAAUGCAUGUGGAAACUCAAAAUCCAGUCGACACUGGCCAUGAUGUAAAAUCUGAAGAUAUUUCAACAGCAGAUAGCGCUUCAAAAUUUCUCCCGAAAAAUGCUAAAAACUAUAAAGCUGUUGAAAAUAUCAAGACAAUGCACGAAUAUCUGAAAGAAAAAUAUAACGAUCAUAAUUUCAAUGAAGGACAGACAGGCGGAGUGCUCAAACUAAUACAAUUUACCAAAAAAGCAAAUAUCCUUGAUUCAUACCUUGCUGAUGCUAGUGCUAAAACAGUACUUCCAUCACUCAAUUCACCGACAUCUGGAGCUACAAAGGCAACAGUUGCAUUGAUUGAAGCAAUGCUUUCACUUCGAGUUGCUGCUAUCUGUCGUUACACUUUUCAUGCUAAAUCGCAUGUUCAAAUUGUCGCUCUUCUUCCUCAUCGAGACGAAGAUACAGGUGUUGUUUAUCUGAGAUCGGUGAAAUUACCAUUUUCCGAUGACAUGAGAACCCUAAAAUUCCCAAAAUUUUCAUUUGAUGAAGAUGAGGUUGAUUCCAAUAAACCAACAGUGGCUCAACUAUCCGUAGUAGAUGAUUUAAUUGAUUGCAUGCAAUUGGAGGAAACUGUGAUUUCUUCACUUGUGGAAGGUGGUAUGAGCGAUCCGAAACUACAAAUGCAAUGCCAUUUCCUUAAAAGUUUGGUUCUUCAUCCGAAUGAUACAAUGGAAAAUCAUUCGAUUAGAACGAAUGAAAUACUCGACAUCAUCAUGGCCCCAAAGCGAAAAGUUGAGACAGAAAGCUCCGGAAUGUUCCAGAAACUCAAUCGAGAAUUCAAUCUUCAACCAAUUCAAAAAACGAAGCGAGAACGAGUUACUGUCGAACCAGAAGAUAUACAGACAAUGAUAAGUGAAUGGGCUGAUAAAAAACUGAAAAUGUCGUCACAAGAUGAUGAAUCAGAGGAAGGUCCCAGUCAAAAGAAAAAGAAGUUCAAUACGUCAGGAACGAAGAAAAUAUCAAGAAGAGAAGAAGUUCGAAUGGAAAUUGUUGAAACUGAUGGAGCAAGUCAUGUGUGCUCAAAGAUGCUUGAAAUGAUAUCGAACACAUGCAAAUUCCAACCGAAUGGAUCAAUAACUGGUUUCUUCCAAUUGCUCAUCAAUGAACUCAAUCUCAUUCGCUCGGUGUUUGUGGAAACAUCGCGAUGUGAUGAAUUCAAUGAACUUUUGAAGAAAUUGAAAGAAGAGGAAGACUUUGAACCGUUUGCUGCUGUUCUUGCAGAAGAAAAAUCGUGCAAUCCAAUUAGUUCCACCGAGGUUUCCACUUCUGAUAUAUCCUACUCUGAUGCCGCUGAAUUCUGGGAAGAGUGA